CGCCCGCUGCGCCUGGCCGCACCAGCCGUCGGCGCCGCGUCCCGGUCCUUCCACGCCUCGCGUGCCGCCUUCGUCAAAGUCGGCGACAAGCUGCCCAACCUCGAGGUCCUGUGCGAGGACUCCCCCGGGAACAAGGUCAACCUAGCCGAGGAAUUCAACAACGUCAAGCGGGGUCUCAUCAUCGGCGUGCCUGCCGCCUUCUCGGGCGCAUGCAGCCAGAAGCACAUCCCCAGCUAUAUGAAUCAUCCCCGCACGAAGGAGAUCCAGAUGGAUGGGGGUAAGGUGGUUGUUGUUAGUGUGAAUGAUGCUUUUGUUAUGAAGGCAUGGCACGACCAACUGGACCCGGUCAAAGACUCCGGUAUCCGCUUCUUGGGCGACCCAACGGGAGAUUUUACCCGCGCCUUGGACCUCGGUUUCGACGGCUCCGCCAUCUUCGGCGGCAUGCGGGGUAAGCGGUACGCCCUGGUGGUUGAGGACGGCAAAGUGGCGUCUGCGCACGUUGAGCCUGAUAACACGGGCACU